CUUGACAGGACGCUCAGACUCGAAUAUGGCGCUGCCUUCUUUUGCAUCCAGAACCACGCCCGUCCUAUCCUGCGCCGUUGGAUUUGCCGUGUUUCCCAGUGCUCGCUGUAUCUGGAGCGCAUCGCCAUGGCGGACACGCUGAACAUCACGCCAUUACCACCAUUCACCAUCCCCAGUCUCUCGCCACCAGCAUCCUACGAUGAACACAGAGGAAAGCAAACACCCCUCGUAAUCGACAACGGAUCGACGACGCUGAAGUUUGGUUUCUGCACGUCCUCCACCCCGCGAUGCCAGCCCAACGCCGUGGCAAAGUACAAGGAGCGCAAGACGAACAAGCCGCUAUUGUUAUUCGGAGACGGGAUAGACACGGAGAGCGGAGCAAAGUCCCAGGCGAAGACGCCAUGGGAGGGCGAUGUGCUAUUGAACUUCGACGCGCUCGAGAACGCGUUGGACUAUGCUUUCAUCCAUCUGGGCAUCGACGCGUCGACGGUUGAGCACCCCGUCCUCAUGAGCGAGCGACUGUGCUCGCCGCUGCACUCGCGAGCCUUGACGUCCGAACUCAUGUUCGAGCAGUAUUCCGUUCCCUCUCUCGCCUACUGCGUCGACUCCAUGAUGUCGUUUUACCACAACAAUCUGCCGUCCCCGCCCGUCCCCUUCACCUCCGACGGACUCGUCGUCUCCUUCAACUCCGCCUCGACAUCGGUCACUCCGGUAAUGAACGGAACAGGAUUGAUGAGCCACGCUAAACGGAUACCAUGGGGCGCGAACCAGGCGACCGACUACCUCCAUAAACUCGCUCAACUCAAGUACCCCACAUUCCCCACUCGCGUCACGCCUGUGCAGACCAAUUGGAUGCUGCGCAACUUCUGCGGGUUCGCGACCGACUAUCCUGCGCUGCUGCGCCAGCUCAAGGAUCCCCUCAACCUGCGGGCAUCAGAUCGCAUCAUCCAGUAUCCGUUCGCUCUGCCCGUGGUGGAAGAGAAGACGGAAGAGGAGCUCGCAGAGAUUGCUGAGCGUAAGAGGGAGCAAGGGCGACGGUUGCAGAUGAUCGCGGCGAAGGCACGCUUAGAGAAGCUGGGACAGAAGGAGGACGAUCUACAGCGCAUGCUAAGCCUAAGAGAGAGGCGCGCGGAGGAGAGCAAGGAGGAUUGGGCCAACAUCUUGGAGGAGGAAGGGUUCGACGAUGACCAGGCGCUCGACAAAGCCAUCAAGAAGCUCGAUACUGAGUUGCGCAAAGCCAGGAAGGAGGCGGACGGAGAAGAGUUGGAGAACCCACCGCAGUUCGAUCUGCUCGACACUCCGGAUGACGAGCUUGAUGAGGAUGGCCUGAAACAGAAGCGCCAGCAGCGGCUCUUGAAGGCAGGAUUCGAAGCGCGCGAGCGGACGAAGAAGGAGAAGGAGCGAGAGCGGGAAGAAAAGCUAGCUGAAGAACGGCGAGAACAGGAAGAGCGCGAGCGCGACUUGACUGGUUGGUCGAGCAAGCUGCGGAAGGAGCAGGAGACGAUCAUGAACAAGAUCAAGGAGCGGAAUCGGAGGAAGCUCGCGUUGACCGACCGGAAGAGUGCUGCGUCGCAAGCGCGCAUGAAGAGCAUCGCCAAUCUGGCUGCAGAUGACCGCGUCCCGAAGAAGCGAAGGAAGACCGGUGGUGAGGAUUUGUUCGGCGCGGAUGACGCCGACUGGGCAAUAUACCGCAAGAUCAACGCGAACGCCGCCUCAUCUGACGAAGAGGAAGACAUGGCGAACCUGGCCACCGUGGAGCAGAAGCUGCUGCAGCACGACCCGUCCUUCACGCACGAGCACACCCACGCGUCCCUAUCCGCGCAGCGGUCAGCGCUGCUCGCCGCGUUCAAGCCACAGUAUGACGACGGUGACGUCGAGGGAAAGGCGCGCAUUCAUUUGAAUGUUGAGCGGUGGCGCGUGUGCGAGGCGUGGUUCUCGCCGAGCAUGGCGGGCGUGGACUCAGCAGGCCUCGGCGAGGUCCUGCAGAGCGUCCUAUCACGUUUCCCCGAUAGCGAGAAGAGCCUUCUUGCGAAGAACGUCUUUGUCACUGGAGGGGCAUCUCAGCUGCCCGGACUGACUGAGCGGCUGCAAGCAGCGCUGCGACCCAUACUGCCGCCCGAAAUGCCGCUGGGCAUCGUGCGCGCUGCAGAUCCGAUACUAGAUGCAUGGAAGGGCAUGGCCGACUUUGCGAAGACAGACGACCUGCAGAAGGUCAGUGUAACUAAGGAGCUGUACGAAGAAUGGGGCGGCGAGCGCAUCAAGCGGUGGUGGGGCGGCAACUGGAAUUAUGCCACGCCCAUCUCAGAGUAAAGGUAGCGCGCACGCGUCGGACGUGCAUGUAUAAGACGGAUUGCUGUUAGCAAUGGUAGAAGACAGGUCAGGAGCGCGACCACAUUACACGGAU